AUGCACAUUAAACAUGUAUGUAUUGAAUUUGAAAUAUACGUAUUAUCAUGCCAAGUUUAUAUAACGUUUUCUGAUAAUGUACCUAUUGAUUAUGACAUCGAAAUGAAUAUAAAAUCAAUUAAAAUAACAUUAGCAGAGAAAGAUAUAUUUUUUUUACAAGUUAAAGAGUAUACAUUUGAGGAAGAUGAUGUUAGAGAUAUCAAAGUUUAUGGCAACAAAUUAGUAUUCAGAGCUCAAUUAAAUAGUUGUCCUGAUAAAGAAUCAUCUUGCUUUUCAUUCACAUCCAAAUACAUGCCAGUAUUAAAAAAUGAUGAAGAAGUUCUCAUUACAUGUUGCUCUUGUCAAAAUUUGUUUAAUAGCAAAUCAUAUAGCUUUCGUAGAGUUUUGCCUGUAGAAAUAUGUGAUGUCAAUCAUAUGUUUUGUCACGGAGGAACUGAAAAUAUGGUUUUUCAGCCACAAGAUGAUGAUUGCUACUAUGACAAAGUAUCAAUUUACAUAAGAAAUAAACAUUGGACUUCAUCGAAUGCUAUCAAGUGUCAAAAUUGUAAUGUAUGUUUAGGUGUUUGUGUAGAAUAUGGUUUAAGAUUAUGGUUGGAUUCUAUCAAUAUUAAAUUUGGAAAUUAUGAUGUACAAACACAUGCUUUACCUUAUGACUGUUUUGCAACCAUUGUAGAUGAUAUAAUUAAAACAAUGCUUGGACCAAUUUCACAUAUUAUUAUGAAAUAUAAAGAUUCGGAGAAUUUAAAUCAUUAUCUCUUAAUGAAAAUCAUAAAAAAGAAUGAAUUUGCUAUUGCUUUAAAUCCUAGUUGUAGUAAUGUUUUAACACUCGAUAGAAAAAAGUGCUCAAGUAUUAUUUGGCAUACAUCUUCUGAAUUUGUGGAAAAAUGGAGAAAUGAUUAUUAUGUUACAGAAAUACAAAUAUCAGAAAAAAUGUACCUUAGUGCUGUUAAAAAUUUAACUGAAAUUAAUAAUCAAUUUCUUAUAGGAAAUUAUUCAACAGGACAAGAAAAAUCUAAAAAAUCUUACUUAUUCAAUGAUUAAAUUCAAUAAUAUUUUAAUAUUAUGUAUUUUGAAACCAAUAUUUUAAAACUAACUAUAUUACCAAGUACUAUUAUAUACACUAUGCUGUUCAGUAAUAUGAUAUAAAUUUAAAAAAU